AUGGUUAGACGAAAAAAGAAAAUUGGAGCAAGACAAUACAAAACAUAUAACGAAGAAACACUUCAAAGAGCAGUACUUCUUGUAAAAUCUCAUAAAUUGACUGAACGUCAAGCAGCUGAAGAGUUUGGCAUUUCGAAAUCCACAAUUCACCGCAAAAUCUAUUACCAGUUGGAAGACUCUAGACUAGAUUCAAAGACAAUAUACCAGGAUUGGAUCAGAGCAUUCUUGUCUAGACAUAAAAAUAACUUAACAGUUCGUUUAUCUGAAAAUGUUAAACGAGCAAGAGUUGCUACGAUCCGAGUCGGAAAAAAAGUUAUAGUACGUCGUGGUGUUAAGCAUGCUGAAUGCAUCAAAGACACAUCAAAAUCCAGCACAUCAGUUAUGUUCAGUGGAACAGCUUCAGGUGUAGUACUACCUAUAUAUGUUGUGUAUAAAGCAGACCACCUUUACGAUGCAUGGACAUUAGAUGGACCAAAAAGAACGCGCUACAAUCGUUCUAAAAGUGGUUGGUCCGAUACAACAAUAUUUGAAGACUGGUUUUUGUCGGCAGUUAUUCCAUAUUUUAGGAGAUUUAAGAACCAAAAUAAAGUUAUGAUUGGCAGUUACCUUGCCAGUCAUAUAUCUAAGAGAGUCAUUGAAAAAUGUCAAAGUAAUAAUAUCUCAUUUGUUUUAUUGCCUCACAAUUGUACACAUUUAUGUCAACCAUUGGAUUUAGCUUUUUUCAGACCAUUAAAAUGGAAAUGGAAACAGCAACUUGACUUAUGGAAAGAUAAAAACAAAGGUGUAUUACAAAAAAAUCAGUUCCCUAGACUGCUAAAUAAAGUUAUGAAAGAAUUAGGAGAUAAUGCUGAAAACAAUUUAAAAGCAGGAUUUGAAGAAUGUGGAAUAGUACCAUUUGACCCUCAAAAAGUAUUGAAACGUAUCCCUCAGAGAACAAUUAGUACUGAUAAUUCUUGUUCUCCUGAUGACCAAUUACCAAGUUCUAGUGGAACACAAGCUAUAAAUUCAGAUGAAGAAGACAACAUUGAGGACAUAACUUUGAGUUUGAAAGUAACUGAUUUUAUUCAA